CUCUUCUCCUCAUUCAAUAAACCUCCACACCACUCCACUUUGCAGUUCCUCAACAAUGGCCCCACAAUACCAACACGACCGCGCCAGAGACAUAUGGCGGCGCUGCCUCGCCUCCGCCUUCCGCACGGCGCUGGCGUGCACCAUCGUGGGCGUCGCCACCCUCUACGGCCCGGCCUACAUCAACAAGCAGGUGGCCUUCCCGGCCUUCUCCUACGUGACGGUGAUCCUCGUCGUCACCGACGCCACGCUGGGCGACGCCCUGCGCGGCUGCUGGCUGGCGCUCUACGCCACCGCGCUCGGGGUCUUCCCGGGAAUCGUGAGCCUCUGGCUCAUCGGCCCGGGGAGGCUCACGACCACCACCACCUCCGCGGCCGUGGCCGCCAGCGCCUUCUUCGUGGCCCUGCCGGAGGGGACCCACCUCAUCGCAAAGCGCAUCGCCCUCGGCCAGAUCGUUCUCUUGUACGUCGUCGCCUUCAUCAACGGCGGCCACACCCAGCCCGUCAUGCACCCGCUCCACAUCGCCACCAGCACCGCCCUCGGCGUGGGCGCGUGCGUCGUCGCCCUCCUUCUGCCCUUCCCCAGCCUCGCCUAUCGGCAGGUGAGAGGAAACAGCAAGCUGUAUAUCGAUAAUGCAUCGGAGAGAUUGAAGCUGUUCAUCAAGGCAUUCUCUGCAGAAGACAAGGCAUCACCCAAGGCAUUGAUCUCUCAAGCCAAAUCUCUCAACAAGCCAGCAAAUAAACUUCUCCAUUGCAUCAGAUCCAAACAAGAAAGCAUGCAAUGGGAGAGAGAACCAAUCAAGUUCCUAAAAGCAUACAAGAAAAAACCAGCACAGCCAUUGCAAGGCCUCGAGACAAUCUUGAGAGGAAUGGAAAAUGCUCUCGAAAACUGCUCUGAAUUCCCAGUCGCCCCAAUGAACACCCAACUCAAACACGAUCUACCCUGUUUGGAGCAGCAAAUCUUGCAUCGAGUCAAGAACUUGGCCUCACAGAACUCAGUCGCCGACGACGGCGGCGGCAGCGGCGAAAAGGAUCACAACAAGUUCCUCCAAACACUUCAGCCGGCAUCCAUGAAUCUCAAGGACUUUCCCUCUUUGUUCUUCGUCUUCUGCCUCAAGCUCCUCCUCCACUCGAAUCCAUCUGCGAAUUCCGAUCACGACCAGAAACAAACGGCGAAUGCAUCGGAGAAAGAGACGAAGAGUUUGAUGUUGAAGCUAUGGGAGAAGAGGACCGUCGUGAUCAACAGAGGGAGGCUAAUGCCUGCUCUAAAAUGUGCGCUCUCGUUGGGAUUCGCGGUGUUUUUCGGGCUGAUAUACAGCAAGGAAAACGGGUUCUGGUCGGGGCUGCCGGUGGCGAUCAGCCUGGCCUCGUCGAGGGAGGCAACGUUCAAGGUGGCAAACAUCAAGGCGCAGGGCACGGUGCUCGGCACCGUGUACGGGGUGAUAGGCUGCUACGUGUUCGAGAGCUACGUGAAGAUAAGGUUCGUCUCCCUGCUGCCGUGGUUCAUCUUCAGCUGCUUCCUGCGGCAGAGCAGGAUGUACGGCCAGGCCGGCGGGGUCUCUGCGGCCAUCGGGGCGCUGCUCAUCUUGGGGAGGAAGAAUUUCGGCAGCCCUAGCGAUUUUGCUAUUUUGAGGAUAGUGGAGACCUUCAUCGGGCUGUCAUGCUCGAUCAUGGUGGAUAUCCUGCUGCAGCCCACCAGGGCUUCUGUCCUGGCGAAGCUGCAGCUCUCCGCGAGCCUGCGCUCGUUGCACGAGGCCGUGGAGGCCGUGAGCCUCGACUGCGAGCCCGGGAGGUUGAGGUUGGAGGAGGGGUUGAGGAAGCUGAGGUUGGACGUGAGUGAGCUUGGGAAGUACAUUGAGGAAGGUGAGGCAGAGCCCAACUUCUGGUUCUUGCCCUUUCAUGGUGCUUGCUAUGGGAGGCUGAGGGUGUCUCUGUUGAAAAUGGUGGAUUUCUUGCAUUUUGGGAGCCAUGCGAUUAGGUUUGUGGAGCAAGAAUCUCGAGACAUGGAUAGUAAGGUGUGGAGAGAAGCUGCAAUGAAGAUGGAAGCUGAUUUGAAGGUGUUUAAAGAUGCUGUUUGCUGUGGGGUGAAGUGCUUUGAGGAGGUUGUUUUGGUAAAAUCGAUCGCGGGCCUCGGGGAGGAGUACGAGAAGGGGAGGAGCGGCCUUGAUCUGGAGAUGGGGAAGUCGGGGCGGUGGUCGGGGAGAGACGAGGACGAGAUGAGGAAGAGCGCGGCGUCGUUUCUCCGACACGUGGAUGGGUGUGAUGGUGUGGAGGAGGUGAUCAAGAAUGGGGUGGGAUUGAGUUUGGGUGCAUUGGUUUAUUGCAUGGAUGGAGUAUUGAGAGAGAGCAAAGAGAUUGAGAAGGGAAUCAAAGAGAUUGUACAGUGGGAGAAUCCCUCAACACAAGUGGACCUGCAUAACAUUGUGUGUAAAUUGCGUGCUUUAAAGAAAAGUGUAACCAUAUAAAAUGCCAAUUCAUAACAUUUUCCAAUAAUACAUCAAUAACCUAACCAUUACUGAUUAA